CCUAUCUUCGUCCUAUCUCCAUCCUCACUUCUGAAAAAAAACAAACACACACACAAGUGGAUCAUCAAAAUGGGGUAGUCAAAUUGUAUUGGCGUACGACUCUCUGGGAGGAUUGUGUGUAUGCGACACGUACCUAAAACUCUCUCCUGUGCCUUUCUUGCCCUCAAUCUGUCGUUCUAUCGCCUAUAAAGUCGCGUUCCCCGACCUUCCAAUUGAUCUUUGACGACAUGCUCAAGAGCGGAAUGUGGGACUCGGACAUAGACAGCUGUAGCGAAAGUCAGUCCCAGCAUGAGGACUCUGACUCGGAUCAUUCAGAGUACGGGAAUGAUGCGGAGAAGUUCCAAAAUCGAGCACAGGGACGCCAUGACCACGACGACGACUACAACGACGAUGAACAUUUUACGGACGACGAUGAUAUGACCAUGGAUGAAGAAGAAAAUAUCCAAGACAUCGACCCGUCUCUUCAUUUCCACAGCCAUAUCGGGGAAGUGACCAGGAACACAGACGGGACUGUAGGAGGAGUUGAGCCGUCCUGGCGCAAGAGUGUCGAAAACUCGAGAACCGAUUUAGACCAAAGAGUGGCGAUUCAGGACGGAGAUCAUCAACAGGAUGACCACGGAUCUGAACAGGAGCAUCAGCUGCACCAAAAGUCGGAACCUUGGGACGAUGCACUGCCUGAAGUCACUGUGGAAUUGAAGGAUCCAGUGGAGAGUUGUUUUGAUGAGCUGCUGUAUUGGCUUUACACGAACGACCAUUCGUAUUGGCUGCCCUGUUUUACCCCAGAGAACUACGACGCGAUUCUGCAAAACAUUUGUCAUCUCAACAUUUUGACCCCACCGGUGCUCGAGAUUUGUCUGCUCUUUGAGGAAAGCACGAGCCUAGACCUGGGCCUGCGAGGCAAAGCGCAGGAAAAGGCACGCGCGAUACUUCUGGAGGCCAUGCGUUUGAAUCCUUCUUUGGUAGAAUCGCUUUCAGGACCACCAACAUCGACCGCAGGAGCAACGGCAAAAGCGGCAGAUGCAGCUGAAGCGCAGGAAGCAGGAAUCAUUUCGCAUACGUAUGCCCGUUCUUAGGGCAAUACCUUGUCUCUUCCCGAAGAAAAAUAAGCACGCAUGCGCAUCAUCACCGCGAAAGCAUGUUAUCUUUUCAUCCAAAGGAUGUACAGCGCUCUUCGGCAAUGCACCGAAAACCAGAGCACAGGGUAGACAAAGUGUUCAGUUAUCAAAUGUCGCGCGUU